CGCCUCCGGCUCCGCCGCUGGGCCAUGGACUGGCAGGUGCUGACCAGGGAGCUCUCCCUCUACCUGGAGAGCCAGGUGCGCGUGGGGCUCCUGGGCUCCGGCGUGGGCUUGUCCUUGGUGCUGGGCUUCGGCGUCGCCUACGCCUGCUACUACCUCAGCAGCAUCGCCAAGAAACCCCAGCUGGUGGCCAGCAAUGACCGCUUCUGCCGCUUUCUCGAGGAGCACUGCCCCGUGCUGACGGAAACGUACUAUCCCACCAUCUGGUGCUGGGAAGGCCGCGUGCAGACGCUCCUGCGGCCCUUCAUCACGUCCAGACCCCAAGUAGAGUACAGGAACGAGCUCAUUAAAACAGCAGAUGGAGGACAGAUUUCACUGGACUGGUUUGAUAAUAAUGACAGCUUAUAUUACCCGGAUGCCAGCACAAGGCCCACUGUCCUGUUGCUGCCUGGUCUGACAGGGACGAGCAAAGAAUCCUACAUUCUCCAUAUGAUCCAUCAAAGUGAAACCCUUGGAUAUAGAUGUGUGGUUUUUAACAAUCGAGGAAUUGCAGGAGAGGAACUUUUGACACCGAGGACUUACUGUGCUGCUAACACGGAGGAUCUGGAAGCAGUUAUUCACCACGUGCACGACCUGCACCCCUCAGCUCCGUUCAUGGCAGCCGGUGUUUCUAUGGGAGGCAUGCUUCUUUUAAAUUACCUGGGCAAAACUGGCAGAGACACUCCUUUAAUGGCAGCUGCAAUUUUCUCUGCGGGUUGGAAUGUUUUUGAAUCUGUAGAAUCUCUGGAGAAGCCGCUAAACUGGCUUCUUUUCAACUAUUACUUGACGACUUGUCUACAAUCUUCCAUCAGCAGGCAUCGACGAAUGUUGGAGAAAUUAUUUAAUAUGGAUCUUGUGAUGAAGGCUAGAACUGUUAGAGAAUUUGAUAAGCAGUUCACUUCAGUCAUGUUUGGCUACCGCACAAUUGAUGAUUACUAUGAAGAUGCCAGCCCAUGCCGCAAGCUGAAAUCAGUAGGGAUUCCAGUGUUAUGUCUCAACUCUGUGGAUGAUGUUUUCUCACCUGGUCAUGCUAUACCAGUAGAAACCGCCAAGCAAAAUGCAAAUGUUGCUUUGGUUCUGACUUCUUGUGGAGGCCACAUUGGUUUUCUGGAAGGAAUAUGGCCAAGGAAGUGCACUUAUAUGGACAGAGUCUUCAAGCAGUUUGUGCAAGCUGUGUUUGAGCAUGGAAACAAAAUCUUUAGCAUGUAGCUUGGACCACUACUAUAGCACAGUGGCACAUUCUGACAGUUCAGCUUAAUGCACAAAUAUUAACUACUGUAAGCCAGCAAAUGGAUGAAAUCCAUUACUACAUGCAAAAAUAUUUUUUGCCUAAGAUUUUGUAGCAGGAAACUAAGUAUUAUGUUGUCACUUUUGUAUUUAUUUUUAAUAUGCCUUACUAAGAACGACCUUAAAUGAAACUGCAUUCUGCAUACGUCAACUCGCACUUAACCAAAACCAUCAAGUAAGCAGAUUAUAAUUCCUCAGGAUUUUAAUUUAAGCCAGUACAUAUUUAGGAGGCUUAAUUUAGAUGGCUUUCAGUAUUAAAUGGCAACAUUCAAAUAAUGUGUAUUAUCCUGUCACACAUAGUAGAAGGUGUCCCAUGCCUCGGGGCAUCAAUGUGAAAAGCUUAAAAUAAAAUAAAAAUAAAAAUAAAAAUAAAAAUAAAAAUAAAAACAGGGAAGGAAUAUAAAGAAACACUGGAUCUUUAAGUCUAAAUUUUAGCAUGUAAUUACAUAGCAUUAGAUUGGUACCUGCUUUUGCUCUUUUACCCUGAAAGAAUUCAAGAUUUAGGGCUUUUUUUUUUUAAUUUUGCCAAUGCCAUAUUUGUCUUACAGGAUAACUUUUAAAACAGUUAGCUAAUCUAUAGGGUUUACAUAUAACCAAAAGAUUCUUUUAAAACGGUACUGUAAUAACGGAUAUAAUUAAAAAACAUUUUGCAUUUCAAAGUUCAUGAAAAACUGUAUUUGUCAUCUAUGUAAUAUAAUACUUCAUGUAGCUGGUGAAUUCAAUAAUUCUAUUGUGCUUAUAUUAUCCUGCAAGAGCAUUUCAUUUUUUAAGGAGUAUUAGAGUAUCGGGAAAUUAUUAUAUAGUCUGCUUUAAAUAAAAAAAAUGAAAAAAAAAGAAAAAAAAAAGCCCCUGAAACCUUGGUCUCCCCUAUUGUUUCAGGUAACUGCUGAAACAAACCUGGGAGCUGGGAGAGCUGCGUCCCUGGUUCUCCGGUGGGUUUUUUGGUCAUUUUUCAGCCCUUCAGCCAAGCCCAGACAAAUGGCUGAGGCCUCCGGAGCCCCAUGUGCAGAGCCCCAAGGGCCUCGCCAGGCAUCGGCGUCUCCCGAGCGGGAAGCAGAGCGACAGCCAAAGCGGAUCCCAGGGGACAGAGGGCAAUUGGAGGUAGCUUAUAUCCCAAAACUGCAGGGAAGUCCUGGUGGAGGGCACAGGGAAAUGGAAGUGUUUCCACCAGCUCCCACCUGGGCCUCGGCUGAUGGCUGCUUUGGGCCCAGACCCAUAAAAUUAGGCAGCAGAGAUGCCUUUGCCUUCAGAUUUUUAUUGUCUGAGUGGGGUCAGUGCCAGCAAAACGCAGAUAAAGAAGCAAGCCUGGUCCCUUGCCUCCCGCAGCAACGAGGCCUCCUCUCGCAGGGCAUGUUUCCUAGUAAGAGCAACAGCAAAGGAAGAACAGAAAUACUUUUUGUCUCUAGAAAAAAGGAAGAAAUCAGGACGAAUGACAUGAAAAUGGGUUUUGUGAGGUGCAGGUUACAUUUUAAAGGAAGGAAAAGUCAGUGCUUUCAGGUUUGAAUUCUUCAGACAAGGUACUAACUGCAGCGCCAAUAACAGAAACUUUAUUUCUGCUGUAAUAAGCAAAGGGGAGGAGUAACAGGUAAAUGCAAAAGGAAGUUUUGUGCAUGUUGCAAGCAUAGAUUAAAGCAACGUACUAGAAGGGUGCCUUAUUCAUUCUUACAUUUAUUUCCAUAAUAGAAGUUAUGUUCAUACAACCACCAACAGCAAUAAAUAGUGUAUUUAGCAUUAUAUUUGUAAAGUUGUCUGGUACAGCACUGUUCAAAACUCAGUAUCAAUAUUAAUAUAGAUAUAUUAAA